AAGAUUUGAUGAAGCAAGAGCGUUGUGUAGAAGAACAUGGCGAUUCAUGAAGAAAUCCAGAUAUCAAGAACACAAGACCCUUGCACUUCUAAUACCUCGCCGUCUCAAGAUCACCGGUUCGAGAAGCUUCGCGGCGUCCGAUGGCGAAUCAACCUCGGAAUUCUCCCAUCUUCUCCUUCCUCCACCAUUGAUGAGCUUCGCAGAGUAACAGCUGAUUCCCGAAGAAGAUAUGCUGCUUUGAGAAGACGACUCUUAAUUGAUCCACAUUUGCCUAAGAAAGGAACAAAUUCUCCAGAUCUAACUAUUGAUAAUCCCUUAUCACAAAAUCCUGAUAGUACUUGGGGAAGAUUCUUUCGCAAUGCAGAGCUCGAGAAAACGCUUGAUCAAGAUCUUUCUCGGUUGUAUCCUGAACAUGGAAGUUACUUUCAAUCCUCUGGAUGUCAAGGGAUGUUAAGAAGGAUACUUCUUUUGUGGUGUUUGAAGCAUCCUGAGAUUGGUUAUAGACAAGGGAUGCAUGAACUAUUGGCUCCUUUGCUUUAUGUUCUUCAAGUUGAUGUGCAAUAUCUUACGGAAGUUAGAUCAAACUAUGAAGAUCAGUUUGUUGAUUUGUUUGACGAAUUAGCGUUUCAAGAACGUGAUUCUGGAGCAUAUGAUUUCGAUAUAAAAAAGGUUUUGGAUGAAUCUAUGGAAGAUGAAGAAGAUGGAGAUGGAAAUGGUCCACCCUCUGGAAGCACCAAGAAGAAAAAACCCAAGAGUUUCGAUGAACUUGAUACCGAGACGCAGACUGCUGUGUUGUUGAGUGAUGCGUAUGGAGCAGAAGGCGAAUUGGGAAUCGUCCUCUCUGAGAAAUUCUUGGAACACGACGCUUACACAAUGUUUGACGCUCUUAUGUAUGGUGGAUCUUCCCUCGGUUCGGUUUCUGUAGCGAAUUUCUUCGUGUAUUCUGCUCCAAACGAUUCUGUCACGGGACUUCCUCCUGUGAUCGAAGCUUCUGGGGCUUUGUAUCAUUUACUGUCUCUAGUCGAUGCUUCUCUUCACAGCCAUCUCGUUGAGCUUGGCGUUGAACCGCAGUACUUUGCUCUCCGUUGGCUACGGGUUUUGUUCGGGAGAGAGUUUCCGCUGAAUAAUCUAUUGAUUGUGUGGGAUGAGAUAUUUUCUGCUGACAAUUCCGAGGUAGAGAGAGGCAUUGAGGCUGAUUUAGGGUUUGAAUUCAGGAUCCUUAGCUCUCCCCGAGGAGCUCUGGUUGCUGGAAUGGCGGUUUCGAUGAUACUUUAUCUGAGAUCAUCGCUGCUAGCAACUGAAAACGCAACUUCUUCUCUCAAGAAGUUGCUGAAUUUUCCGGAGGACAUUGAUCUGAGUAAAGUUAUUAAAAAGGCUAAGACAUUGCAGAGUCUUGCUUUGGAAAUCAAUGCUCAUCGUGAUUUAAUUCCAAAAGGGUCGAGAAAACCGAUGAGAGGUCACAGCUUAUCAGUUGAUUCUAUCUCACUUGGUUCUUCUCCUGUGGGAAUAGUACCUGAGAGCUACUGGGAAGAGAAGUGGAGAGUUUUGAACAGUGCAGAAGAAGAAGAACGGAGGAAAAAAGCGUUGCAGAGACCAAAAGCAGGGAAGAAGAGUUGGUCUGAAAGAGUGAAGCUAAGGCUUACAAGGACAGAAUCCGAUCCAUCACCCGCUGAAGCAACUAAAAGUGGAAACAAACCACCUAUUAGACGUAGUUUGCUCGAUGAUUUAUCCAGACAACUUGGGGAAAAAGAGAUUGAGCCUCCUGAGUUCCCAAACCCGGACACCGAUAUCGAACGCUCAUCUACAGUAUCUGAUACUCCCAGUGCAGAUUAUGAGGAUAACAGUUCUGAUAAAGGCAAAAGCGAGAACCACACGGAUCUGCCUCUUUCAAUUCCUGAGAACGAGCCAGAGGCGAAAUCAGGGAUGAAUAUCUUCAGAGAGAGGAAGAUUCUUUCGGGUAAAUUCCAGAGGCUAUGGAGGUUAGGUAGAAACUUGUCCGGCGAAGAGACCUCUGAGACGAAAGAAGCUAAACAGAUAGAUUUCGAAGACGGAAAAACCGAUUCAGAUUCAACUGCAGGUAAUGGAGAUGCAUUAAAGAAUACAGGACGAUCCAUGCUUGAACAUAUCAAGGUGAUAGAGUCAGUGUUGGAGCUAAGUUCACCGGAUAAUAUGACUGAGAACGGAAGACUAACAGUUGAAGAAGCUCUUAGAGAACUUCGUAGACUUGGAAAUAUGUUAUUGUCAGAAAUGUAAAGUUUAUUGCAGACUCUGCUUAAGUAAUUUCAUUGUGUAUUAUGAAAAUUCAUUUGUCUCUAUUUGUAUGUGUGAGAGUGUAAUUGUAAUGUAUAUAUGAGAAAUUUUGAAGAGGGUUUUGUUUUUCUUUUAGCAGUUACACAAUAAGAAAUCUAGGUUUCUUCU